GCGGCGGCGGCGGCGUCGGACAAGACGUGCUCGCUGCUCUCGGUUCAGCGAAGAAGCUGCGGGAAAAAAACCAGGCCGAUUCCGGCCAGGUCGCGGAGUUGUGUCGGUGUGCCGCUGGUCGCUUCCCUCCGAUGUGUCGCUCUUUGUUGGCACCGGGCUCAGUUCGGUGCUCCUGGUGUCCGGCAUCGCGUGCGUCUGCCCACUUUGUGGGCGGACACGGCUGACGACGUUUAGGCUACCGGUCCUCAUCGACUCGUUCAUGCGUGCUGAUUCGGAGACUGCGGCGACGACGUGCUCGAGCGUCGGCAGCGGGGACCGAUUUCCUAGGAGCAGCCACGUCGGGGUCCCGAUGUCGUGACCUGGAAGCCCCGAAGCCGCGCCUCGCGGAAGAGCCGGAGCCAUGGUGCGGCGCAAGAACGUGCUGCUCCUGCUCUUCGGAGCGGCAGUGUUCUUGGCCGUCAUUCAACUGGCGCCGGACCGGAAGCUGUCGACUGUCAGAGCCCCCGUGCCGGCAUCGCCGUCCCAGGACAGCGUCCGAAAGGUGCCGCAGGCGGUCACCACUACAGGGUCUUCAAAAGUUGGCAACGAGUCCAAACCGAAGACAUAUGCCCGAGUUGCGAGUGUUCAAACAGACGCAGCGAAAAAUUCCACAACGACAUCGACCACCUCAAGAAAACCGAGCUACGCGACGGUGAAUUUCCGAGCCGUCGGCGUUGUUACGUCCACGUCAAUCUCGAUCGUCAGAGCCCCAGUAAUAGAGAAGAAGCCCCAGAAACCACAGACACCCGCGAAGCCCAAGGGCUCUCACCUGAAACCCCUUCUCCUCAACCGGAUGCUGAAGAUGUUCGAACUUGCCCUCAAACACUAUGCGGUCGUUCCUGCCAACAAGGUGCAAAGGGUGAUCAUCGUAACGUACUUUAGGGCUGGUUCCACGUUCGUCGGUGACAUCUUCUCCUCUAACCCGAGGACUUUCUACCACUUCGAACCCUUGCACAUGUUCAGCAAGGAUGCGAGACUCAACGGUGGCGCGGCGCAAAACGCGUCGAAACUAGUGGGCCAUCUUCUGCGCUGCGAGUUCAACAGGGUCCAACACUACAUCCGGUGGGUGUCCGAGGCCAAGUUCCUGUUCCGUCGCAACCACUUCCUGUGGGCCAUGUGUGGUGGUCAGAACGCGGUGUGCUUCAAGGGCGAGUACGUCGCCAAGGUGUGUCUGCGUGCGCCUACGCAGGUGAUGAAGGUGACCAGACUCCACAUGUCUCAGGUCCAUGACUGGAUAAAGGCCAACAGGGACAUUGCUGGAUCGGUGAAAGUGGUGCAUUUAGUGCGCGAUCCGAGGGGCAUUUUGGCCUCUAGGAGGCUUCUAGACUGGUGCAACGAGUCCAAGAGUUGCGCGCACCAGGACACGCUUUGUUCCGAGAUCCGGGCUGAUCUGGACAGCUUCGAGGACCUCAAGCGAGAGUUUCCAAACGGAACGUACCGUCUGCGUUACGAAGACGUGUCCAUGGAACCCGAGAGAGAAGUGAUAGCUCUGUUCAAGGAGUUAGGCAUCAAGUAUACGACAUCGGUGGGAAACUUUCUGAAGACCCACACCAAGGCGCGAAAGGCGGACGUCAUGGACCCAUACUCGACGAGGAGGAACUCAUCCACUGUGGCAUUUGAAUGGAGACAGAAACUCAAAUACGCGGAUAUUGUGGAGAUACAAAGGUCAUGCGCGGAUGUGCUUUUGAGGCUCGGUUAUAAAGCCAUAAGUAGUGCGAGUGAACUCAACGGGGAACCGCCCAUACGUUCCAUUCCGAACCUAGUUGCCACCGGUGUUCGUUCUACACUAAGAGUGUCUGAGGAUAAAACAAGUUAACUCUUUUGUCAUUUUUAACUACUAUGAUUCUACUUUUGUGCGUGGUGCCUGAACGUCUUUGCAAAUCGUAAGAGUCGCGGUGUGUGUGAGGUAUACUGACACGGUACUACAGCUUUAACUACGGACGAUGCAUUUGUUAAAAAAAUGACAUUUUUAGACUACCUGCUUUGCGCUUUUAAUUAAAAAGAAUAUAGUGUUAUUGCAUCUCCGUUGUAACAAGGUAAGUACAAUAUUAAUACGAUAUUUAUUACUUACGUGAAAACUUUUGCACGUAUCGGGAGUAACAUUGUGCAUUUGAACAAAGA